GGACGUUCGUUCUGACAUCUUAUCAGGCAAGGUCAAGGGAUUAUCUGUAUCGUCAUUUCUUGUUCCAGAGAAUUUGCAUCAACAUGAUUGGUCUUGUGCUGGUUCUAGUUGUGUCUGGGACAUUCGCUGCCCCUCAUAGUGAUCAUACACAGUCUGCAGUGGAGAAAUUCAAAAGCAUUGUGAGAACCCAGGUCACAACACUGUGGACUACAGUGGACACAGACGGUGAUGGUCACUUCGAGUCCGCGGACAUGCAUCAUAUAUUUGAUGAUUAUGAUGCAAAUCAUGACCACAAAGUAUCGCAGCAAGAAUUUGUCAGUAGAUUUGCCCAUAACGAACCAGAGCUUAACAUCAUCGCACAGGGACUUUUCUAUGAAUUUGACAUGAAUAGAGAUGGUUUCGUAACUGUGUCAGAUCUAGAUCUUUAUUACCAGAAAAUUGAUACCAAUGAUAAUGGGCAUGUAGAAAAGGAAGAAUUUGUUCAUUACUUCACUGAGAUCUUCACCAUUCUCUACGUCAUUCAACUAAACCAGACAACACCUUCCUCAGCUGUAGGCCGUUAGAAGAGAUAAAAAUAUAAUGCAGUGAAAUAAAUUUAUUGUAUGAUAA